AUGAAGGAUUUUGGCCUUAAUUCCUGGCAGGAUGACCAGGCUGACCAGCGGACGUGCCUCAUCUGUGGGGACCGUGCCACUGGGCUGCACUAUGGCAUCAUCUCCUGCGAGGGCUGCAAGGGCUUCUUCAAGCGCAGCAUCUGCAACAAACGCGUGUACCGCUGCAGCCGCGACCGCAACUGCCAGAUGUCCCGCAAGCAGCGGAACCGCUGCCAGUACUGCCGUCUGCUCAAGUGCCUGCAGAUGGGCAUGAACCGCAAAGCAAUCAGGGAGGAUGGGAUGCCGGGAGGAAGGAACAAAAGCAUCGGCCCUGUCCAGAUCUCAGAAGAGGAGAUUGAGCGUAUCAUGAGUGGCCAGGAGUUCAAGGAGGGUGUAAUUCCAGAGCACGGUUGGGCCACAAGUGGAGACAGCGACAACAGUUCCCCCAGCAAUGGUGUCUCGGAGAGUAGCCAGCCAUCACCGGCCUCCACCCUGUCCUCCUGUCGAUCGCUGGAGAAUGGCUACAGUGCAGCACUGGGUGACCAGUACACCGCCACAUCGGUGGUCCAACACUACCCGUUCCUGCCACAUGUACUGAGCUACACCUCCCCACAGUCAAGCCUGCAGCCCCCCCAGCCCCACGGCAUGUACCCUUCAUCACAGACCCUGGUGACAUCACUGGUGGCAGCUGAGGACCUGACACCUCUUAGGACACCCAUGCAGGUUGAAGACGGGUACAGGGUCACCCAGGUGGAGCUCUUCGCCCUGCUGUGCCGGCUAGCCGAUGAGCUGCUGUUCCGCCAAAUCUCCUGGGUCAAAAAGUUGCCCUUCUUCUGCGAGCUAUCCAUUGAAGACCUUACCUGUCUGUUGAGCGCCACUUGGCAGGAACUUCUGCUGCUCUCCUGCCUCACUAUCUACAGUACGCAGGUGUUCGGUGACCUUGUCAACGUCACGACAAAGUACAAGCCCUCCAACGAAGAGCUGCAGGGGUUCACUGAGGAUGGCAUGGAGUUGAUGGAGAGGUUGAUUUACCUGUACCGCAAGUUUCAGCAGCUGAAGGUCAGCAAUGAGGAAUAUGCUUGCAUGAAAGCCAUCAACUUCCUCAACCAAGACAUUCAGGGGAUCACUGGUGUGUCCCAGCUUGAGCAGCUGAAUAAGCGCUACUGGUAUGCAUGUCAGGACUUGACAGAGCGCCAGUACCCUCAUCAACCAGGUCGUUUCCCCGAGCUCAUGGUUUGUCUGCCGGAGAUCCGCUGUAUCGCAGGAAAGAUGGUGAAUAUUCCGCUGGAACAGCUCCCAAUGCUGUUCAAAGCAGUAUUACACUCCAGUCGAGGCAGCUCCACGAGCUUCGCACCAGAGACCUCGCCAUGCCUAGCUGUGGGCUUUGCUCCUGGGAGCUGA